GUCUUUGGGAGCAGUGAGGACGAGCCAGUCGGAGUGGAACCUGGUGGAAGUGUCUUAUGCGUCACGUUUCGUUCUGCCACAAUGUCCAAACCCACUUUUGAGGCAGAAUGGGACGAAAUAGAAAAGGAAUACCAACAAUUACAGGAAACUCAUAAAAUAUACAGACACAAACUGGAGGAGCUCACCAAUCUUCAGGUGACAUGCAGCAGCUCCAUCAGCAAACAGAGAAAACGUCUGAAAGACCUGAGGCUUGUCUUGAAAAAGUGUGCGCAGACAGGCGAUGAAAAUCAGCUGAAACUAAUAACAGACAUCAAAUCACAAAUCAAAGAAAAAGAAAAUGUGUUCUUUGAUAUGGAAGCCUAUUUGCCAAAGAAGAAUGGGCUGUACCUGAGUUUGGUCCUGGGCAACGUGAACGUGACGCUCCUCAGUAAUCAGGCAAAAUUUGCCUACAAAGACGAGUACGAGAAGUUCAAGCUUUAUAUGACAAUAAUCCUGAUGUUUGGAGCCACAACCUGCCUCUUUUUUCUUAACUACCGAGUCACAGACGAAAUCUUCAAUUUUUUGCUGGUCUGGUACUAUUGCACUUUGACCAUAAGGGAAAGCAUCCUCAUCACAAAUGGCUCCAGAAUCAAAGGCUGGUGGGUGUCUCACCAUUAUGUGUCCACUUUCCUGUCCGGUGUUAUGCUCACCUGGCCGGAGGGACAAAUGUAUCAGAUGUUUCGAAACCAGUUCCUUGCGUUCUCCAUUUAUCAGAGCUUUGUUCAGUUCCUCCAGUAUUACUACCAGAGUGGCUGUUUAUACAGGCUGCGCGCUUUGGGAGAGAGAAAUCAGCUUGACCUCACAGUGGAGGGAUUUCAGUCGUGGAUGUGGAGAGGGCUCACUUUCCUUUUGCCUUUUCUAUUCUUUGGCCACUUUUGGCAGCUGUACAACUCUGUGACCCUGUUUCGCUUGGCAAGACAUGAUGACUGUAAGGAGUGGCAGAUAUUCAUGCUGGCUCUAACAUUUCUCGUCCUCUUCCUGGGAAACUUUCUCACAACAUUAAAAGUCGUCCACCAAAAAGUUCAAAAGAAGGAGAAGGACAUCUAAAAACGUGACUGAAUAAGUUCGGUGAAACCUCUCUGAUCCUUGAAUGGAGCAGCAAUCACAGGUCAAACGCGCACAAUCGUUUCAGCGGACUGAUCCCACACUGACCAGGCUGAGUCUGGACGGAGCUGAGGUUUCUCUCAGCAUUCAAUGGCAGCAGCUUCCAGCCAAAGUAUCCCGUUGACAGGUUCUUACUUUACAGUAACUUGAUGUUGCUGUGAAACGGUGUGGAUGAUAACCAAACAGGAGGAGCAGUUUCUUGCUUUAUUCUGUGUACAUAUUGUGGACAGAAUGUGUUUCUAUGGAUUUGUGCAUGAGUUUUGGAGCACCUUCGCUCAAAUCAUUAUGCAAGGACAGGUAGCAGAACAGAACAAAGUUUGCCUUUCAACACUUGAACAUCUGCCAUGCGCAUACUUCUGUGAAGUAGUAGUAAUGGUCAAACUGGCGCUGGCUCAUAUUCUCUUCAGUCAAUGAACUUUUUUUUUCUUUAUGGACAUUUUAAAACCACUGUCAUGUUACUUCAGAGCAAACCAGCACACGGUUCAAGCCCAUGACUCUAAAAGCAUUCGUGAAAGGGAGGGGGAAGGGUCCUCACUGGUGUACUUUGCUCUAUUUACGGUCAGAGGGAACUUUUUUUGUUGUUGUUUUUAGUCAGAAAACUUCCAUUAAAAAGGGAAUUUGACAUUUAUUAAAGACCAACUUUAGUGAAACAGCAAGGAAGCAGACAUAAAAAUGUUGCUGUUGAUUCCCAAAAUAUUUCUCACUGACAUAGAUGCUUUACAUUUCACAUCUUAGCAAUUUGUUAAGAAAACAUCUAGCAGAAAUUUGGCUGAUGGUCUUAAUUUUGGAGAAGAAAUGUAAAAGUUCAAGAUGCACUCUUCAGGUCCUGACCGCUCUGGUUUCUUCUGUUAUUUUGUUACAUAAUGUUGUGCCAGUGAUCAAACAUUGCUGUUUGUGCCGCAACUCAGAUUUAUUCAGCGAGGAGUACUGUUGUGUUUUUUCCGUUUUAAAUUACAUAAACGUACCACUAUUCUGUAAUCAUGCACACUAAUUUUUAUUUUUGAUUAAAUCAUUCACAGUAA